AUGGACAGAAUCUAUCAAGGACAAAAGAACAAAACGAAAAUGAAGGUUGCAAUUGUUGGAGCUACUGGCGCUACCGGAGGAUCCAUCGUCAAUGGCCUCUUGGAGUCUGACACGCAGUUUGAUAUCACAGCCCUGGUCCGACCAAAUUCGAUUGAGAAACCUACGACAGUCGCUUUGAAAGAAAAAGGCGUCAAAAUAGUUGCCGUUGACCUUCAAGGUAACCAGGAUGAACUCGUGGCUGCUCUGAAAGGCAUCGACGUAGUCAUCUCGGCCAUCUAUUAUCAGGCACUCCAUGACGAGAUUCCUCUUUCAAUCGCUGCAAAGGCGGCCGGAGUCAAGCGAUAUGUGCCUUGCUUCUUUGCUACUGUCGCUCCUCGAGGUGUUAUGAUGGCCCGUGAUAUUAAAGAGGAAAUAUUGGACCACAUUCAGCGUAUCUAUCUUCCUUAUACAGUAAUCGAUGUCGGCUGGUGGUAUCAGAUCACACUCCCUCUCGUCCCUUCUGGAAAAUUCGAAGGUCGCCUCACAGCCGCAAACAACAACAUCAUCGGCGGCGGGAACAACCCAUCUGCGUUGGUCAGCCUCAACGACAUUGGAAGAUACGUUGCCGUUAUAAUCAACGACGAUCGAACUAUAAACAAAAAGGUCUUUGCAUACACAGAGUCGAAAACGCAGAAUGAGGUCUUCGAACUGGUCGAGAAGGUUACAGGUGAAAAGCCCGAGCGCACAGAGAUGCCCAAGGAACAAAUCGAAGCUCAACUGGCACAGUUCAAAGAUACCACUGAGUUGUCGCAAGGAAAAGCAAUUACGGAGUAUUGGAUGUCCUGGGGCGUCCGUGGCGACAACACAGCCGAAAACGCAGUGUAUCUUGGAUAUGUCCUUGCCAAAGAUUUGUAUCCUUCUCUCAAAGGCCAAAGUCUUGAAGAUUUUAUCCGAGAUGUCGUCGAUGGGAAGACCAAGUCGGUUUACUAG